UCCCCGUAGGGAAUCCAGGACCCUGGCAGAACAAAACUGCAGACACUUUCUAGCCUGGGAACUGACUAGCCCGGGAGCCCCUGACUGCUCCUAGAAUUGAGACCAUCCCCUCCCAGGUCUUACGGGGUCGAGAUAACCCCAAACCCUACCCUCACUCGCCCCCGGCCUAAGCCCAGGACUCUGCCCCAGGCAUGUUCCGAGAGCGAGGCCAGACGGUCCCCAAAGCCGCGAAGGAGGCCAGAGCCGUGCAGAAGCCGCGGGACAGGGAACGCGCGCGCAGCCGCGGGCGGCGCUGCUCGGUGACCGGGACGCCCCUCCUCUUGUGCUGCUACCUGGCUUACCUGGCGCUGGGCACGAGCGUGUUCCAGGCGCUGGAGAGCAGCGCUGCACGGGACUCCAAGGAGGGGUCGAAGUCUGACAACUGGACUUCCCUGCUCAACUACACGUGUUUGGACAGGCAGGCGCUGGACCGGCUUAUCAGGGAUAUUAUCCAGAGAUACAAGAGUGGAGUCAUCUUCCCCAGCAACACUACCAGCAUGGGCCGAUGGGAACUAGCUGGCUCCUUCUUCUUCUCUAUUUCCACCAUCACAACCAUUGGCUAUGGGAACCUGAGUCCCCAAACAAUGGGUGCCCGGCUCUUCUGCAUCUUCUUCGCUCUUCUGGGAAUCCCUCUCAAUCUUGUGCUGCUCAACAGGCUGGGACGCCUCAUGCUCUUCUGGGUUCAGCGUUGGGCCCUGUGGCUGGGUGGAGCCCAGAAGAACCAAGCCAGAGCCCGGUGGUAUGCUGGCUCCUUUGCCCUCUUCUCAGGCCUCCUACUCUUCUUCUUGCUGCCUCCAAUCCUCUUCUCCUCCAUGGAAGGAUGGAGCUAUGAAGAGGGAUUCUACUAUUCCUUCAUUACUCUCAGCACUGUAGGUUUUGGUGACUAUGUAAUAGGGAUGGAUCCAGGUAGAAGGUACCCAGUAUGGUACAAGAAUCUCGUGUCCAUGUGGAUCCUCUUCGGAAUGGCUUGGCUGGCCCUCAUCAUCAACUUGGUCAUCUCUCUGCUAGAGAGUUCAAUAGUCCUAUGCCCUUGUAGCAGAAGGAACCCAUGCAGAACUUGGGGAUCCACUGAAGACACCAACCACCACAAAUCAAAAAUCAUACCUGGAAACAGUGGUGGGAACCCCACCCAUAGUUGAUAAUGGAUGGAGCAAGAUCCUUUGGAUUUAGAUCUGGAAGGAACUUUAGAGAUCAUCCAAUCCCUCACUUUACAUAGGGGAAAACUAAGGCCCCCAGAGGAGUACUGACUUGUCUUAGAUCUCACACAUUAAAGAGCAAAGGUGGCCCUGGAAUUCAGACCUGGGUCUUCUGAAUCCUCCACACUUUUAUAGCAGCACCCCCACCUUCUCCUCACCAUCACCACCUACCUACAAGAUGACUCAUUGCUAAUCCUCAAUGGACCAUAACCUGUGACCUUCUCCCCUUCCUCCCUGGCUUCCUUCCAGCCCUUCUCUUGUGUUGGCCACUCCAGAAAAACAUCCUCUCCUCCACACACCACUACCACCACUUGCAUCAUAGCUCCAUGUAACUCACACUCCAAAUAGUAAAAAUGAGAGACACAAUUAGAGGAUCAAAGAGAAAAGCCCCACAGUAUGGAAUUUACCCAAGAAAAAAUGAGUCGUGUUUAUGUAAAAGAGACAUAAACUCCUCAAGUUCAGGGAGUCUAUUUUGUCUAUGAGCAUGCCUUAAGAAGUGCUAAAUAAAUCUUGAGUUGAAUUGAAUACAAAAGGGGUGUGGGAAGUGUUGGGGUACUGCCCAGGACUUUAGAAGCCUUUGAAUCUGGGACGACCAAGUGCUGUAUAAAUGAAUCAAUGUUGUUGUUGCUGCUGCUGCAAGAAGCAUCUUAUCCUAGUGGACAGAGAGCUAGCCUCAGAGCCAGCAAGACCUGGGUUCAAGAUUUGACUAAUGACACAUACUGGCUAUAUGAUCCUGGACUAGGCACUUAACCUCUCCAUGCUCUAAGUCAAGUCAAAGGUGGCAAGCAUGAAGCCUAUGGACCACUUUGCUGAAACCACACACCAGAGAGUGCAGCAAGAACCAGAUGACAAUGUAAUGUGUGGGGUAGCUAGGUGGCUCAGAUUCAGUCAGGUCUAGAGAUGGGAGGUUGAAUCUGGUCUCAGAUAUUUCCUAGCUGUGUGACCCUGGGCAAGUGUUUUACUCCCCAAUGUCUAGCCCUUACAGCUCUUCUACUUUGGAGUCAGUACACAGUUAUUGAUUCUUAGAAAGACAGAAGGAGUUUGUGUGUGUGUGUGUGUGUGUGUGUGUGUGUGUGUGUGUAAUUGGUGAAAGGGAAGGCAUCUAAAUGGCACAAUAGAUAGAGUGCCAGGCCUGGAGUCAGGAGGACCUGGGUUCAAAUCUGAAUUCAGAUACUUCCUAGCAGUGUGACCCUGGGCAAGCCACUUAACCCUAUUUGCCUCGCCCUUGCCCUUCUGUUUAGAGUUGUUACAAAGAUAGAACGCAAGGAUUUUUUAAAUGUAAUUGGGAAAUAUUUAACAAAUAACCAGAAAUGUAAAUAAACACAGAUGAUGUUCUAAAUUAAUAUAUUUGCCCACAGAGAUCCCUAUGUAAAGUUUAGUGGCCCCAUUUUUAUUGAGUUUGACACCACCAUAUUAGGCAACUCUAGAACAGAAAGUUCACAACUUUUUUUGUUUCAUUAGACCUUGUUGGCAGUCUAGUGAAGCUGAUAGACCCCUUUCAUAAUAAUGUUUUUAAAUUCAUAAAAUAAAAUAUACAGUAUUAUAACAGAAACCAAUUACAUUGAAAUACAGUUAUGAAAAUAGUUUUUUUUAAUAUAAGACUGUGGACUCCAGGUUAAGAACCUAUCUAUAAAUUGAAGAGAAGGGAUUGACCUGCAUUGUGAAAGUUUCUUCAGCCAAGCAUUGAAAACACAAGACAGUUCUCUAUUUCUAUCAUCAUUAAUAUUGUUAGAGAAAGGGGACAAAAUUCUGAGGAAUGGGAAUCAAAUCCUAUAUGCUUACUAAGGAACCAAAAAGAAUUUCUUUGGUCAAAUGGUUUUUGGCCAUUCUUGGUAAGACUGAUGCAUCUCUGGGGAAAAAAAAAAGACUGAUGCAUCUAUAGGGUACAUAUUUUCAUCACUGGCCCGGUGUCUUAUCUGCCUUUCCAUAGAGAGAUCAGAAGAACUUGCAGAGGACAAUUGUUAAUUAGGAAUUUUUACACUUGGAUAAAUGAGGAGGUUGAGGAAGAGGAGGAAUGGACCAUAAAGGACAGCCCAAAUCAUGUAGUCUUGGGUACAGUCAAACCAGGAGAAGAGACAUCCUAUCUCCUAGAAAAUCUAGCCUGAACCCUGACUUGUGCAGAGUGGGUAGAGAACCCAGAGAGAGAAGAACCACAAUGAACCUGUGGACAGAGAUAUGAAGGGUGAGAAGAGCUAGACUGAUGGUUGCCGUAGGAAAGGAAAACAGCCUUACCCUGAAAUGGCACCUCUACCUCUAGCUAGUUCAUUGUCAUUCCAGUUGUGUCCAACUCUUUGCAACCCUAUUUGGGAUUUUCUUGGAAAAGAUACUGGAGCAGUUUACCAUUUCCUUCUCCAACUCAUUUUACAGACAAGGAAACUGAAGCCAACAGGGUUACGUUUCUUGCCCAGGGUAACAUAGAUAACAAGUGUAUGAGACUGGAUUUGAACUCAUCAAGAUGAAUCUUCCUGACUCUAGAUCUAUCCACUGCUCCAUCUAGCUGCCCUAGUUAGGCAGGGCUCUGUUAAAGAGUCAGCUUCCCUUCUCUGGGCCUCAGUUUCCUCAUAUGUAUAAUGGAAAUAUUAGAACACAUCCAGAUCCAAAAGCUCAUGAUUCCUCCUAUUCCUAUGAAAGCCAUCCUUCUAUCCCCUGGAGUUAAUUUGUGGGUGUGGUCAUUACUAACAGAUCCUGCUGAUCGGCACCUCUACCUGUCAAAAUUUACAGUCAGCCUAAAACCUUGUCUCGGCAGAGUUUUGAUGAGAACACUAAGGAAGCUAGCACAGGAAUGCCCCCACAGAGCAUUCAAGAGAGGGAAUUAUGGCUGCUUCAGUGUAAACUCUACCCAUGACUGGAAAAAUUUUUCAGUGCCUGUCCUUCUAGAAAUAAGGUCAGGGGCAUUAUCUCCAUAGAAGAAGGACAGGGUACAGUUACGCCAUCCAAAUCUACGCAGACAUUGGCCUUGGAGCUCUGGGUAUGCCAGAGGAAGAUGAAAGUUGGUACAAAGUACAACUAAAAUUGGCACUGUUGGUAAACAACAGAGAAUGUCCAUUCUCCUUCCCUUCAGCUGACCUGGAAAUGGAGUUCCUUGAAGGGGGGUGUCUUGAACUUACGUGUCACAUCCUUCCAAGAAAUUUUGAAACUUCAUAUAUGAGUGGCUACAGGAAAUUAAUCCCUAGAAAGAAAUUAUAGUGAGUAUAGACAGACAGACGGAGGCAAGAUUAUAGACCGAAGAGGUUGCAUCACUCUUGACCAUUGUCCCUCAUAGUCCCUGAACAAGGGUCCAUUACCUUCCUCUUCCACGUACCCAGAAGAUAGUUUGCUCCCAAAAGUUUGCUGCGGGAGGUCAACACAAAGUAGCAAAACUCAAGGCUUGGGUAUUUGCUCAAAAUUACACAGGUGGCAAAGAGCAAAGUCAGAUAUCUAGCCUCCAAAGCUCAUUCAGCCUGGCCUGAACCAGUCAUAGAUACCAGUAGAAUAAAAUCCAAUAUUAAUUUUUAGCCUUGACUUUUUCCCUGCUCUCUGUCUCUGUCUCUCUCUCUCUCUCUCUCUCACACACACACACACAAACACACACACAAUCUUCCACCUCCCCAUCCAUGUACAAAACUGAAGAACAGGGAUCUGUGGGAUUCUGUAGCAAACAGUACUUAAUAAACUAGAAUUACUGCAAGUCGAGGCCAGCAACUAAUAAAAAUAAUUGUGCAGAUACAGUACAGGCAGACUACCUAAAAGUUGGGAGGAGAGUGAGAAAGAGAAGAAAAAUGUGUAUUUUAG